UAGUUAGCUCUGAUCUGACUUCUUCUCCAAGGCGCGCCUCCCAACAGGCGUUUGAUUCCUAGUCAAGAAAGAAAGAAACAAUCUAUCUCCUCUCGUCUAGUAACUUCCCCUUUCCCUCUUCCUGAUUCUUUCGUCUGUCUAUUUAUAUCCCUCAUUCAUUCAUCAUCGGACCAAUCAAUCAAAUUCUCAUACGCAUUAUCCCACUUCCCAUCUCAUCUGUUGUUCUUUCUCGAACAUGGGCUUGAUACUUGGGAAGAUUACAGUCGAGACCCCGAAAUACCAGGUCCUCCGGGCCACUGCUGACUAUGAGAUCCGCCUCUACGGGUCCUCCGUCGUGGCACAAGUCACCUACGACCCGGCCCAGUUCAAGGGCGACAAGGAUGGCGGCUUCACCUUGCUAGCAGAAUACAUUGGCGCCUUUGGGAAUCCGAAGAACUCCCGGCCCGAGAAGGUCGCCAUGACAGCGCCCGUGAUCACUAAGUCUAGCCCCAGCGAGAGCAUCGCAAUGACCGCCCCAGUGGUCACAACGGAGGGCGGAGGCGGUGAAGGAGGGAGCAGGGCGGUGACUAUGCAGUUCAUCCUGCCAAGCAGCAAGUACACCAAGGCCGAGGAGGUCCCGAGACCCACGGAUGACAGGGUGGUGAUCAGGGAGGAGGGUGAGAGGAAGUUCGGGGUCGUCAAGUUCGGCGGGAUCGCUACAGAGAAGGUCGUGAAGGAGAAGGUGGAUAAGCUCCGAGAGAGCCUGGAGAGGGACGGGUAUAAGGUGACCGGUGAUCACUUGCUCGCAAGGUAUAAUCCGCCAUGGACUCUACCUCCGUUGAGAACUAACGAGGUCAUGAUUCCGAUCGAGUGAGUGAUAGCCCUGUGAGUACGAGAGGGGUAGCUGGAGGUCAAUAAGAUUAGACAACGUUGUACAGUGAACAAAGGCAGACUCUGCUUCUGUUCCGCACAUUUCCCCCCCUUUUUCAAUAUCGUCCCGUCGUCUGUCCUAUUCGCAACA